AUGACGUCCUUCGCCGACCUCCCCGUCGAGCUCGUCGCUCACAUUAUCUCCUUCAUUCCGCUCCCCGCCCACCUCGCCCAGGUGUCGCUUGUGUGCCGCCCGUUUGAAGAGGUGACGCAGCGCUUCCUCUACCACACGUUCGUCACGGCCGAGUACGCGCUGCACGACCGUCGAUUCAGCCGCCGCAUCCGCCCCUUCUUCUGCACAAUUCUGCACCGCCCCGACCUCGCCCGCCAUGUCAAGGCCGUUGCAAUCGAAUCAUGGGCCACUGCGAGCGCCGACGACGCGCCUGUUCCCGACCACGCUCUGCCCCUCUACCACGAUGCCGUCGCGCGCCUCGAGUGGGCCGAUGCCGACCUGAAAGCCCAAUGGACCAACCGGCUCGCCGAGAAGGAGCCUUGCCACCAGGACGCCGAAGUCGCGCUGCUGCUGGCCAUGCUGCCGAACCUGCGCGAGCUCAGCCUCGAAGACGUGUGGGAGAAGCCGAAGCUGACCGUCGCCGUGCUCCGCGCCGCGGCCAAUGCAAACGACACCACGCGCCCGCUGCAGCGGCUCGAGUACCUCUCGGCCGACUCGGACGACCCCAAGCACGGCUGGCUCGACUUCUCGUACUGCGACGUCUUCUUCGCCCUGCCGCGCGUCACGACGCUCGAGUGGGUGCGGCCCAACUGCGUGCAGCUGCCGCGCGGGCUGCUGCAGCCGCGCAUGUCGAGCAUCACGACGCUGCGGUUCCACGGGGCGCAGAUGCGGGCGUCGAAGCUGGGGGAGCUGGUGCGCGCGUGCGGCGCGCUCAAGUCUUUCGCCUACACGUACGACUCGCUGGUCCCGGGCGACAACUUCCUGCCGCGCGACGCGGCCGAGGCGCUGCUGCAGUGGCACGGCGGCACGCUGGAGCACCUGGCGCUCGACCUCAACGAGGACGCGCAGAAGGGCCUCUGGCAGCACGCCGCGCCCGAGCGCCUGUACCUCGGCGCCCUGACGGGCUUUGCGCGCCUCGCGACGCUGCGCUGCGGCCAGCAGACGCUGCUGGGCCUGCUGCACGCGCCGUACACGGGCUUCGGGCUCGGGCGCGGCCGCGUCGCCGCGCCCAGCGAGGUGCGCGCCGUCCCGGACAUGCCGCCGCUACCGGAUCUACUACCACAGUCACUACGAGCACUCGAGCUACGCUACUGCGACAUGCGCUGCGUGCCCGACGUGACGCUGCUGGUUGGCAAGGCGGAGAACGGGCUGGGGUUCUCGGCGCUGCGGGAAGUGGCGGUCUUGUGCGCUGAGGAGUCGACGAGGAGGAAGGGCGUGCCGCAGAUGGCGGUGCUGGAGGAGCUGGAGAAGCUGGCGGAGGGCGGAGGCGGGUCGGUGAGGCUCGAUGUCCGCUAUGAGGGCAGGGCGGAGCGCGAGAAGAGGAGGUUUCCUGUCGACAGCGUCAAUGUGUGGCGGGGCAGCAGGGUCAGGUAUCCGCGGUGGGAGCGGCGCGGGGUGUGA